AUCAAGUUUAAUGCAGCCGUUCAGGGGUUACUUCGACCCUGUCAGUCAGGUUCGCACCGGGCAUGACUUUUACGACAUCAUUUGGCAACACUGAGCCCUCGAAGCCAUCUAAUCCGUUCUCCCUUCUUCAGGACCCACCUAAGCCCAUCUGUGCCAAUCCCCUUGAUUCUCAUCUUCAUCGUCAUCAUGGCUACUGCCUGUUUCAAAGGUAAAGUGAUCCUGAUCACGGGCGCCAGUUCCGGCAUUGGCGCCGGUACGGCUAAACAUUUUGCGGCUUUGGGCGCCAAAUUGGCUCUGAUUGCGAGAAACGAGGCCAAGUUGAAUGAGAUUGCUGCCGAUUGUCGGGCUGCCGGGGCUGAGGACGUGUUUGUCUCACCCCACGAUCUGGGCAUCGCCGAGGAGUGCGUCAAAGCCGUGGAGAAUACGGUGUCCCAUUUUGGAGGAUUGGAUGUCUUCGUAAAUUCUGCGGGCAUCUUAGUUAACGGAGAUACGGCCACUGGAUCUCUUGAGGACUAUGACAGGUGUAUGAACAUUAACACGAGAUCAGCCUUCAUUUUGAGCCAAGCGGUUAUUCCCCAUCUCAUCAAGACCAAGGGCAAUAUGGUCCACAUUUCAAGUGUAUGCGGUUUGAGGGCCUUUCCCGGUGUGUUGGCCUAUAGCAUGAGUAAAGCAGCCGUGGAUCAACUGGUCCGCACUUGUGCCUUAGAACUGGCUGCCCAAGGGGUCAGAGUAAAUGCUGUCAAUCCCGGUGUCAUCGUCACAGAGAUCCAUAAGAACGCCGGCAUGAACGACGUCGCAUAUGCGGCCUUCUUGGAAAAAGGAAAAAGAACCCAUGCCUUAGGUCGGGUGGGAACAGUGGAGGAAGUGGCACAUGCCGUAGCAUUUCUGGCCUCUAAUGAAUCAGCCUUUAUCACAGGUGCCACCCUACCAAUUGACGGAGGACGCAACAUCAUGUCAGUGUGAUUUCGAUGGGAUGAAACAGCUACUCAAGGGAAAGAUUCAGAAGACGGAUCUGGUUGAAUUUUGUUUCUGAAUAAUAUGCCAUAAAUGUACUGCCAUGUGGAAUGAUCUGAGAAAAAAAAACGCUGUUCGUCUCAAUACCCUAACUGCGAUUAAAAUUGAGCUUGGAA